CAUGGCCGGAGACGAUCAGACUAUCCCAGGCGAGGUAGGUCCACUCUGACAGGGUCCUAAUUAAACUUUACCGUCAAAGUAAAUCCGGCAUAGUCUGCUCAGUGAUCGUGUUCGUACUUUGUAGUCCUUCUGGUGCAAACAAAGUCCCCUGCUUAAAUCGUGCUGGGGAUGGCAAGUGGCAGGUCACGCAGCCAGUGAGCUCCAGUGACUCGUUCCUCAGGCUAAAUUAAACAAGUCAAGGUGCCAUGCCAGUCCCAGCUAUGGCCGAGCCUGUGGUUGAUCACCAGAAACGGUUCCAGGCUGCUGUGGAUGUCAUCCAUAACCUACCAAAAAAUGGCUCCUACCGGCCGUCCUAUGAGGUCAUGCUGCGUUUCUACAGUCUGUACAAGCAGGCUGUGUGUGGACCCUGUACAGUGCCUCGACCCGGCUUCUGGGACCCAGUUGGUCGCUACAAAUGGGACGCCUGGAGACGCCUGGGAGAGAUGAGCAGUGAGAGUGCCAUGGCAGCUUACGUGGAUGAGAUGAAGAAAGUAGCGCAGGAGGUCAUCGACACCAUGCCCAUGAAUGAGAAAACGGCCUCGCUCUUCCACCACUUCGAGCCUCUCUACGUGGUGAUUGAUGACAUGCCGCGGCCCCCAGAGUCCCUGCUCACACUCACAGAAGGUGUAAAAGGCAGUGAGCAUGCUGACAGGCCAGCAGCUGUGAAGGUUGAGGAUGAGGAGCAGGGCCCUGAAGAAGAUUCUGCAGAUCCACAUCAGGAGUUCAACCUGUCUGAGGUUAUAGACCUCACUGCCAACACCAUCACUAAUGACUCUGGUGUGUGUGAGGGGUUGGCUUUGACCAGCGACUCAGAGAGCGAGAUCUUCUGUGACUCUGUGGAUUCAGUAGAGCAACUCGGCGAAAUCAAGAUUCCAGUUGUCAAGACCAAUGGUUUCCACAACGGCCACGGGUCCUUGGAGUCUUCUCCUGUUGUGAGCCAGCAGCUGGAAGGCCGUCUGGAAGUCAGACAGGUGGGAGCAGGUCAAGGUGGAGAGGGGGCCGAGGAUGGGAAGGGUCAGGAUCCCAACAGAAGGAGUCGAGACAAUAGGCGGGAGGGUUCCUACCACAACUGGAGAGAACGUGGUGUUCCUCAGGGCAGUCCAAGGUGGGGGGCCCAGGGCGGCGGUGGAGGAGGGGCCGGACGGGCAGGAGGUGACGGUUCAGAGGGCGGAGCUGACAGGCUGCACGAUGCCCAGCUCCAGCAGCAGAUCAUUCUGGCCCUACGGAGGCUCAGAGAGGACAUGAGGAGUGUGAUGGAGAGGCUCGAGGUGGUGGAGAGGCUCGCUGCCACACAUGCCCAGAGUUCAGAGUGGAGGCCAUGUCUACAGUGUGCAGCCGCAGCUUCAAAACAGCAGGAGGAGAGGUGGUGGCUGUUCGACGUGUCGGGUCAGACGGUCCUCCUCUUCCUGUUGUGGCCGUUCGUCGCUCAGGGUCUGGUCCACCUGCUGAGGAAAGCCCAGAGGAGAAGUCGCAUAUCUUCAUGAAGUUACCUGACGAAGACCUUCAAAUGCUCACCUUUAGAAACCCACUGGUGCAAGAAGUUUAAUUUGUACAGCAGAAAGGAUUAAAUCCAAUACGAAAUAAUCGAAAGCUUCAUCCUCCUCGGGUCCUUGCACUGAAACGAGGGAUAUACGUUUGUGGACUUUGAUUGGAGAGGGAUGUAUCUGGUUGUGUUGUACACUUCAGGAUCCAGAAAUCCCCCUCACACACUACAGCACACAUCUUUUAUUUAAAUUAUUCAAAUAGAAUUAGCUGGCUUGUGUUGGGCAGCAGGGAGCAGAUAUACAGAUAUAGUCUUGACCAAACCUGGAUAUGUGCUUAUAGUCAUGGAAAAAAAUGAUUAGACCACCCUUGUUUUCUUCAAUUUCUUGUUCAUUUUAAUGCCUGCUACAACUAAAGGUACAUUUGUUUGGACAAAUAUAAUGAUAACAAUAAUAAUAGCUGAUAAGAGUUUAAUUUAAGAGCUGAUAUCUAGACAGUUCCUAUGGUUUUCUUGAUAUUAACCAAAAUCAUUACAAGAAAACCAUGGAGAAUGUCUAGAUCAGUGAUUCCCAACAGGGGGGCCCAUGGAUACAUCGUUUUGUAGUAUUUGUAGUUUUUUCCACCUAUUUUCUGUCUCUUGGCCAAUGAAAUGCAUCAGAAUACAUGGACUGUCGCAAUGCAUCAUGGGACUUUUCCAGAACUGAAAUCAUUGGCGGAAGACGACUAUAGCGGAGGGAGCUCAGAUAUAACAGCUAUAAGCUCUCAAAUACUUUUUGAAUUUAAUUUCUAUCUGCUCCAGAGGCUGAAAAAUAUAUUAUUUAGUAGAAGCGUUGACACUUCUGUUGAAUUUCCAGAAAAACAUCAGGUUUUAGGGGGUUAUUUUAAAAUCGCCCAGAGGUUUUACAGCCAUUUUUUUUUUUACAGGCGUUUUAGGCCUAAAUGGGUUAAAAGUUAAACUCUUAACAGCUAUUUUUGUUAACAUUGUAUUUUUCCAAACAAAUGUACCUUUAGUUGCACCAGGCAUUAAAAUGAACAAGAAAUUGAAGAAAAAAGGUGGUCUAAUAAUUUUUUCCAUGACUGUUUACGGAUCAUGAGCCUGAGAUACUGAUAAGCCUGAAUCAAACAUUUGGAUUAGAUUAAGUGAGUGAGACAUGGUGUACAUUCACCAUAUUUCAUUUAUAUUUGGGUUUUGCUACCAUAGGAUCUUUUGUAAUGUAUACAGAUUAUGAUCGUUGUCAAGAACAGCAUAAUGCAGCCUAAGUAUCAGCUUUCAGUGGGAAGGAACUGCACUGGUGUCUUAAUUAAAGUCAUGUAGUUGUAAUAAUGUCUGACUCUCUAUUGGCUGAGACAUCUGUCUUGUCAUCGUAAUCUUUCCGAUCUGAUUCCUGACCUCAGAUUAUUUCAGUGUAUCCUUUGACUUAUAUUUAAGUCUUACAGUGAAAUGGUCUCCAGUGCUGCGGUGCUCCGUCUCAAACGACAUUAAUGCAUCUAGAAUACAACUUCUGAUUACAGUGGCACUUACUCAUUUUGUAGAUCCACUGUCAAUGUCAACAACAUAAUCGGAUUGUUUCGCACACCUGUGGACUCGUCAUUUCACUUGAUCAUCAGAUUAAACCUGGAGUCACAAUCGACAAGUGUAAUUGAGGCUUUUGUCACCAAAUGAUUGAGAGAACUGAUUUCAAACUGCCCUGUAAUUAACAGUCAUGUAUGAUAUUAAUGCAUGAGCUCAUAUUAAAAAUCUAUAUUGAAUACAA